UGUAACUUGAUCAACAUUAUUUAUGUAAUAAAAUAAAAAAUAACGAAAGCGAGAUCGAGGAAGGAGAAGAGACCCUCAAGUGUGGAGUUGGACUGCAUCUGAGCUGCAGCGCCCUCCUAUUUUAAAGUCAUCACAAUUCACAAGUCUUGUUGGACGACUGCAGGUGCAGGCAGGCGAGGAACAGAUCCAACCAGUCCAGCAGAAACAAACAGCAACAGCUGAUUGGGCACCCCGGGAACAUGUGGACGGAGAACCCGCUGGUCCGGGACGCCGGCGCCGCCGUGCUCACCGGACUCGCCGCGGCUGUCGUGCUCCGCUUCUGGGAGGAGGUCGCCAGCCGCGCGCUGCUGGAGCAGAAACUUUGCAGGAAACUGGUGCACAUAACUGUUGGAUUAGUGUAUUUCCUCAUGUGGCCUUUGUUCAGUUCAGAUGAUGUGUAUGCCCAGUUUCUUGCUCCGCUUAUUAUCGUAAUCAACAUCAUAAAGGUGACAGUGAUUGGGGUUGGUGUGGUUAAAGAUGAAGGCGUGGUUAACUCGAUGACCAGGCAUGGGGACUACAGGGAACUACUCAAGGGCCCCUUGUAUUAUGCCUGUGCUAUAACUCUGACAACAAUAGUGUUCUGGAGGACAUCACCCAUCUCAAUCGCCGUGAUCUGCAAUUUGUGUGCGGGAGAUGGUGUUGCUGACAUAGCUGGGAGACGAUUUGGGCAAGUGAAGCUCCCUCACAACCCUGAAAAAUCGUAUGCUGGCAGCAUUGCGAUGUUCAUGGCUGGUUUCAUCGCGUCAGUGCUGUACAUGUGCUACUUCAACAUUUUCGGGUUUGUUGAGAAGAGCUGGACUAUGGUUGGUGCCUUUGGUGCCAUAUCCCUUGCUGCAGCAGUUGUGGAGUCGCUGCCGAUCAGCACACGCCUUGACGACAACCUGACGGUUCCUCUGGCAUCUGUGCUGGUCGGUGCCCUGGUUUGGUACUUCAUUGGAGCCACAAACCUGUGCUGCAUGAGCACUGAUGACAGCAGCCUUUCAGCAAUCGCUGAGAUGGUGUUUGCAGGCAGCAGGAGCAGCAAGUAGCCGCAGCCCAGAAGCAGAUCGAGUGCGUACAGCUGCACCUGCAGAGAGAGGAAUGCUAUGCUAAUCCUGAUAUGUGUCGGUACCCUCGUCUUUUGUUAACCAUGUUCUUAAAAUCUAUUAUGUAACAAAGGAAACAUAGGAAGGGGAAUGAGUUCUAACUUGUUUGAAAGAA